CACCUAUUAAAAAUGGCAUCGAAAACAUUAUUAGGAAGGGAAUCAGGAAGGAUAAAAGAUGCAGAUAAGAAAAAAGUACUUGAUGCAGCAACCAGAAAUCGGCGGGUACGUCGUGCUCUGGAGAGUUUGGAAAUGGAUAACUAUCAACAGGAUCCACAUGCUGAUAUUGUUUUGAAUAAAAAAGCUCCUAAAUUUUUAGAUACUAUAGAGUCUAAAGGGGGGCGACGGAAAAAAGAGAAGAGUGCUGAAUAUUAUAAACAAAAAUUUAGAAGAACAUUUGAACAAUUAAUUGAAGCUGAUCAGUUUAACAAUCGAGAUCCACCAAAUUAUAUCUCAAUAGAAGCACCUUCAUCAGAUUUGCCACGCCGUAUAUUUUGUGCUGUUUGUGGGUUCCGAAGUUCUUACACAUGUACGACAUGUGGUGCACGUUAUUGCUGUAUUUCAUGUUUAGACACUCACCAGGCAACAAGGUGUCUUAAAUGGGCUGUUUAGAUUACCUUUAAAUUAUAUGAUUUCCUAAAUAUUGUGUACAUAGUUUUAUAUUCUAAUAUACUUAACUUAUUUUAUUG